AGCCAUUGUGGCUCGAGUUCUCGGGUUGCCAGGCCACUUGCGGCCACGGGCGGGAGCUUGACACGCGAGCGGCCGCCGACAAAUGGCGGACGAUGACGAGCCCACGUUCGACAAGGUCGAUGCGGGUUCCUCGCACACGUACCCGCAGCAGUGCGGGGAGCUCCGCAAGGGUUCGAUGGUGAUGAUCAAGGGCAAGGCCUGCAAGGUGGCAGAGAUCUCUACGUCGAAGACGGGCAAGCACGGGCACGCGAAGGCACACAUCGUGGCGCUGGACAUCUUCACAGGCAAGAAGUACGAGGACUUGUGCCCCACGUCGCACAACAUGGAGAUCCCCUUCACGAAGCGCACGGAGUACCAGCUGCUCAGUGCUGACGAGAGCACUGGCGAGGUCAGCUUGCUACUGGAGAGCGGUGAGACGAAGGACGACCUGAAUUUGCCCACGUUCGUGCAGACGGGUGAGCCGACUGAUGAAGACAAGAAGGUCGUCGAAGAUAUUUUGAAGAUGCAGGAAGACGGUGACUCCAUUCUCGUCGCGGUGCUGGCGGCCAUCGGCCAGGAGAAGAUUGUCGGUGCCAAGAAGAUGCAGUGAGGGACGCCAUGGAAGUGGCACCGCCAAUACGAUCAAAUAACAAUAUGUGAAAUCAUGCGUGUAAUAC